ACGGAAGAUUUAAUCCAAGUCCUUGCUCAACUUCUAGCCAUACACACAACCCUCGAUGACGACCAUUUACCCUUCGGCGGCGGCAUCAUGAACGCCCUAAGAGAUCCCCAAAAGGGCAAUCGAACCAGCGACUCGCUAACGAAGAGGAAGCGCGCCGAUACUGAUCCGAUUGCACCAAACAAGAAACCCAAGCUUGAGGCCAGCCUUAACCUAUCGUCGACCGAGGAUAUUAGAAUGCUCCAAGCUCUCGAAUCUAAAUAUGAUAUCCAUGUCCACUCGGUAAUCUCAUCUUCUAAGAUCCAAAAGAAAGUCGUUUCCAUUCUUCAACACCUCACUCGCCCCGCUACUAGUAAGACGAGUGUGACUGUUUUGCGCGCCAAAGCUCCCGACACGGGCAAGUUGGUCUCGAUAGCCGAAAUCGCGAAGCGCGAGUUAGAAAAGCGAGCGGACAAUGCGCGCAUCUGGUUUCAAUACAUCGCGCUAGGCGAGGAGCUCAAGGAAAUACCCAGAGGCGAUGGUAAUACUAUUAUUGAGGAAACGAAGCUAGGCGACACUGGUGAUAAUGACUUUGAGACCAUGAAGACUCCUUUUGAAAGAGCUAUCGAAGGCCAACCACGUUGGAGAGGAAUACCUGUCAUGAGCCUGUUCCUUUCUCCAGUUCCCAUUGAGGAACUCAAGAGGCGAUACGGGGAACAAACGAAUGCCGGCCCCAAGUAGAGAACCCGCCGAACCAUUAUUAUCCGUGUAAGGAGAGAGAGACGGUAGAGGCAACCCUAAUAUUAAGAUACCCAAGCAAGAUCACAAAUACGAAAAGACCUAGCAGAUGUCACUCUAUUUUGGAGAGGCUUUCAUGCUACGAAGCACUAACAUUCUCAUAUCGUAUGCUACAAAGCAUAUGGAUAAAUUUCAAACUCGUAAUGAUGACCAAAACAAACUCCACCAGAAAUGCGUUCCCGAUAGGAAAUAUACCAUGCUAAGAUACCGUCUGAUAUACAAACUUCCCACUCGCACCGGCCAUUGCCCACUG